UAGUAACAUGAAAAUCCGGUGCUAACCCCGGUAACACGACAACCUAAGAACUGGGAAGCUUUUGUUGCUCCGAAAAAACUAUAAAAACCGCUACGUUCUGCUCUGAAGCUCUCUUCUUUUUCCUCACAAAGCAAACCUCCUCUCUCUGAUUCUGUCUUUCUGUCUUCCAAAGCACAUGCAAGAGGUGAAUUAUAUUGGGUUUGUGCGAGAAGUUUGGGAUGUCAUCGGAGAGGCUUCUUGCCAGUGGUGUUUUACCGUCAGAGGCCCCUGUGAUCAUGACAAGGUCUUCGUCAUCCCGGCAAUGUGGCGAGCCUGCGUGGAUCUUCGAGGAGUUACCGAAGGCGACGAUAGAGUCGGUUUCACGGUCCGAUACUGGGGAUAUCAGCCCCAUGCUUCUGUCGUACACCAUUGAUAUCCAGUACAAGCAGUUCAAGUGGCGUUUAGUGAAGAAAGCAUCACAAGUUCUCUACUUACAUUUUGCUCUGAAGAAACGUGCAUUUAUUGAGGAAUUAUAUGAGAAACAAGAGCAGGCUAAAGAAUGGCUUCAAAGCUUAGGAAUAGUAGAUCAGACAGCAGUAGUGCAAGAUGAUGAUGAACCUGAUGAUGGAGCUAUUCCUUUGCAUCACGAAGAAAGUGUUAAAAAUAGAAAUGUUCCAUCAAGUGCUGCUCUGCCUAUAAUUCGAUCAGCACUAGGAGGGCAGCAAUCUAUUUCUGAAAGAGCAAAGGGGGCAAUGCAGGGCUAUCUAAAUCACUUUCUGGGAAAUAUGGACAUAGUGAAUUCCAGAGAGGUAUGCAAAUUUUUGGAGGUCUCCAAGUUGUCGUUCUCACAGGAGUACGGUUCGAAGCUGAAAGAAGGUUACAUAAUGGUGAAGCAUCUUCCGGGGGCUGAUUCUGAUGUGAAUUUUUGUGUGAUAAAUUGGACUGGGUGUUGCCAAGGCAACUGGGAAAAGGUAUGGGUUGUUUUAAAACCUGGGUUCCUGGCCUUUCUGGAUGAUCCUUUUGACACCAAGCUCUUAGAUAUAAUUGUUUUUGAUGUACAACCAGCCUCCGGUAAAAAUGGGGUCUCCCAAGUACAUCUAGCAAGUCCUAUAAAGGAACAUAAUCUUUUACGUUAUGCAUUUAAGAUAAAUUGUGGAAGUCGGAGCAUAAAGCUAAGAACCUCAAGUAUGGCUAAGGUUAAAGAAUGGGUUACAGAAAUCAACAAAGCUGGUAUGAGGCCUCAGGAGGGUUGGUGUCAUACUCACCGUUUUGGUUCCUAUGCUCCUCAAAGAGGUCUGGCGGAAGAUGGAAGCCAAGCCCAAUGGUUUAUAGAUGGGCAAGCAGCCUUUAAAGCAAUUGCUUCUUCAAUAGAGAAUGCAAAAUCAGAGAUAUUGAUUACUGGCUGGUGGAUUUGCCCAGAAAUGUUUCUAAGACGUCCUUUUGAUAGACAUUCUUCCUCUCGGCUUGAGGCUCUACUGGAAGAGAAAGCUAAGCAAGGGGUUCAGAUUUACAUACUUCUUUACAAGGAGGUAUCUCUUGCCUUGAAAAUCAACAGUAUGUACAGUAAGACAAGGCUCCUUAACAUCCAUGAGAAUGUGAGGGUAUUGCGUUAUCCAGACCAUAUCUCCACUGGAGUUUAUUACUGGUCGCACCAUGAAAAACUUGUGAUUGUUGAUUACCAAAUUUGCUUUAUUGGAGGAUUAGAUUUAUGCUUUGGCCGUUACGACACAAUUGAGCACAAAGUGGGUGAUUAUCCUCCUCUUACAUGGCCUGGAAAGGACUACUAUAACCCAAGAGAAUCUGAACCAAAUUCUUGGGAAGACACAAUGACAGAUGAAGUGAAUCGUAAAAAAUUACCUCGUAUGCCAUGGCAUGAUGUCCAUUGUGCUCUUUGGGGACCACCCUGUCGUGACGUUGCCAGGCACUUUGUUCAGCGCUGGAACCAUGCUAAGAGAAACAAAGCACCAAAUGAGCAAACAAUUCCAUUACUUAUGCCUCACCACCACAUGGUCCUCCCUCAUUACAUGGGAAGAAGCAGAGAGCGAGAUAUUGACAAGAACUCAGAUGAAAAUCAGAAAGGCAUCAGUAGGCAGGACUCUUUUUCCUCACAUUCCCCAUUGCAAGAUAUCCCAUUGCUUUUGCCUCAGGAAGCUGAUGGACUAGCAGCUUCCAAUGUAGACUCAAAGUUAAAUGGCCUGCAUAUGAAUCAUAACCUUGUUGAUCAGCCAAAUGGAGAAUGUGGAAGUUAUUCAUUUUCCUUUCAGAAGUCAGAAGCUGAAGACUCAGCCCCAGAUGCACGGAUUAAAAGCUUUGCAUAUGACCUUGACUGUAUGGAUCUUCACAGUAAAAUGAAUUCAGAUGUAGUGGCACAUUGUGGCAUGAAAGCUUCAGAUGAGUGUGAAACUCCCAAGGAAGGUGAUCAUGACGUUGCUGCUAAUGACUGUGUUGGUCCAUGUACUUCUUGUCAUGUUCAGAUAAUCAGAAGUGUCAGCCAGUGGUCUGCUGGGACAAUUCAACCCGAAAAAAGCAUUCAUAGUGCCUAUUGUUCUCUCAUUGAGAAGGCACAGCAUUUUAUCUACGUUGAGAAUCAAUUUUUCAUAUCUGGACUUAAAGGGGAUGAGAUAAUACAAAACCGUGUCCUGGAAGCUUUAUACAGGCGUAUUGUGAAAGCACACAAAGAACAGAAGUGUUUCAGGGUCAUUGUUGUCUUACCACUCUUACCUGGCUUCCAGGGGGGUCUAGAUGAUAGUGGUGCAGCAACUGUUAGAGCAUUAGUGCAUUGGCAGUAUCGUACUAUUUCUAGAGAAAAGCACUCAAUACUGGAUAGGCUUAAUGUCCUUCUUGGUCCUAAAACCCAUGAUUAUAUUACUUUCUAUGGUCUGAGAUCAUAUGGCAGACUUUUCAAUGGUGGUCCUGUGGCUACAAGUCAGGUUUAUGUGCACAGCAAAUUAAUGAUAAUAGAUGAUCGCAUUGCCGUGAUUGGAUCAUCCAAUAUAAAUGAUAGGAGUUUGCUCGGAUCAAGAGACUCUGAGAUUGGAGUCGUCGUUGAAGAUAAAGAGUUUCUUGAUUCAUCUAUGAACGGAGAGCCUUGGCAGGCUGGAAAAUUUGCUUAUAGUCUUCGGUGUUCAUUGUGGUCUGAGCACCUUGGCUUGUCUGCAGGAGAGAUCAGUCAAAUCAGUGAUCCACUAUUAGACUCAACAUACAGAGAACUGUGGUUAGCAACUGCAAAGGAAAAUUCCAUAAUCUACCAAGACGUCUUUUCUUGCAUUCCCAAUGAUCACAUACGCUCCCGAGCUGCUCUCAGGCAAAGCAUGGCCCAUUGGAAGGAGAAACUAAGCCACACCACCAUUGAUUUAGGAAUAGCCCCUGAAAAGCUAGAAUCCUAUGAGAAUGGAGAACUCAAGUUAAUAGAUCCAAUGGAGAGAUUGAAGUCUGUUAGGGGACAUCUUGUUUCCUUCCCAUUAGAGUUCAUGUGUGAAGAAAACAAUAUGAAACCAGUAUUCAACGAGAGUGAGUUUUAUGCAGCUCCUCAAGUAUUCCACUAAGGAGAUAGAAAAAAAAAAAAAAAAGUAGUAGAUAGAGAGAAUA